CCAUGGUGACUGGGCUGUUCCUGGGGAGGCUGUGAUGGGUUGACAGGUGCGUGACAGUCGGAGCUCUCUGCAGGCAUGUACGGCAAAGGCAAGAGCAACAGCAGCGUCCCGUCCGACAGCCAGGCCAGGGAGAAGUUAGCACUGUAUGUAUAUGAAUAUCUGCUCCAUGUAGGAGCACAAAAAUCAGCGCAGACGUUUUUAUCAGAGAUAAGAUGGGAAAAAAAUAUCACAUUGGGCGAGCCCCCAGGAUUCUUACACUCUUGGUGGUGUGUUUUUUGGGAUCUCUAUUGCGCAGCUCCAGAAAGACGUGAAACUUGUGAGCACUCAAGUGAAGCUAAAGCCUUUCAUGACUAUAGCGCUGCAGCAGCUCCCAGUCCAGUGCUAGGAAACAUUCCCCCAGGAGAUGGCAUGCCAGUAGGUCCUGUACCACCGGGGUUUUUUCAGGGACCUGCAGGUUCACAGCCUUCACCCCAUGCACAGCCCCCCACUCACAACCCCAGCAAUCCCACGAUGGGACCUCAUGGUCAGCCUUUCAUGUCCCCCCGAUACCCAGGAGGCCCAAGGCCACCUUUAAGGAUACCCAAUCAGGCACUUGGAGGUGUCCCAGGAAGUCAGCCAUUAUUGCCUAGUGGAAUGGAUCCAACACGGCAACAAGGACAUCCAAAUAUGGGUGGGCCAAUGCAGAGAAUGACUCCUCCUAGAGGAAUGGUGCCCUUAGGACCUCAGAACUAUGGAGGUGCAAUGAGACCCCCACUGAAUGCUUUAGGUGGCCCCGGAAUGCCUGGAAUGAAUAUGGGUCCGGGAGGUGGUAGACCUUGGCCAAACCCCACAAAUGCCAAUUCUAUACCAUACUCUUCUGCAUCACCUGGGAAUUAUGUAGGUCCACCAGGAGGCGGGGGGCCACCGGGAACACCCAUCAUGCCUAGUCCAGCAGAUUCAACCAACUCUGGAGACAAUAUGUACACUUUAAUGAAUGCAGUUCCUCCUGGACCCAACAGACCUAAUUUUCCAAUGGGACCAGGGUCCGAUGGCCCUAUGGGUGGACUGGGUGGAAUGGAUUCACAUCAUAUGAAUGGAUCAUUAGGCUCAGGAGACAUGGACAGUAUCUCCAAAAACUCUCCCAGUAAUAUGAGCAUGAGCAAUCAGCCUGGGACCCCUCGAGAUGAUGGUGAAAUGGGCGGAAACUUUCUAAACCCUUUUCAGAGUGAGAGUUAUUCCCCCAGCAUGACAAUGAGUGUGUGAUCCAUUACCAAGUCUCUUCAUGACGGCUGCACUGAGUUGGCCCUCUCCAGAGAGCUACUAAAGAAGAAAAAUUACUCAUCCCUGUGUACAGUUUAACAGAAACAAUCUCAGCCACAGUUGGACCCACCAUUCCCCCCACCCCAGCCAUCUUUCCAGUUUUGUGAAGAAAGUGGGUCCUGAUCUGGUUUCAGCAACUGUGUGGCACAUCAGAGCUGCCCAAGACUGAACUGCAAACAGUUAUCUGUGUAUGUAUAUGUAGGGAUAGGUGUAUUAUGUAUGUGUGUUACAGAAACAUAGAUAUGCGCACAUACAUAUAUAGACCUGCAGGACGUUGUAAAAUAUUAUCACAUGACAUCUUAAGUAGAAAUAAGAAAUAGGGACUUUUAUUCCAUCUUUUUUCAUGUUUACAUUUUAACUACUAAAAUAACUGCUUCCCUCUCCCCCAUCUGAACUGUUCCGUGCUGUUUAUAUCACUGCUUUGUAAGUUAUUUUUUUAAGAAGAUCUCGGAUAAGUUCUGUUUUUUGUCAAUGUCUGCCAUCAUGGAUAGGAAUAAAACUGCUUUUAAGAGGGCUCUCUCUCAUAAAGUUGUGUUUGAUACCAAUAACAUGUGAAUUGAAAACUACACUAUCUCAAGAAACUGAAGAAACACAUUAAUCUUGCUUAACAAGUAAAACUUGUCCUUUGCCUACAAAGUGAGAAAAAAGAAAAUGGAAGGGGUUCUUUUCUUGUUUCUUCGUACAAGCCUAAUACUGCGACCCUAAACAUAUUUGCAUGGUAAUAAGCUCCACUGAAAAGUCAGAUUUACUUCUGGUAAUGUUGAGGAUCAGGGUGCAAAUCCUUCAAUAUUUGUUUUCAAGGGAAGUCUGAGGAUAUCUCAACUUCUUUAUCUAUGCAGAGAAAUACAACAUUACUGUGUUGGGCUCUGGUUUGAUUGCUGUAGCAUCCAGCAAUAAAAGUGGCAGGUUUUGACUUUCUGCCUUUUGAAAAAAUAAAAUCUAUUUAGUAUGAUCUUCCAUAGAUGUAGUAAUAGAUUUUUUUUUAAAGUUAUAGAUUCUAUUCUAAGGCAUGCUUUUUCUAACAGUCCACAAUUGUCUGGUGGGAUGACUGACACCCUAACUCCCAAUUACCUGUUAGAAGUUAAAGGCCUAUUAACCUUGUGUUGGGAGGGGAGGAAAGUUUCUUGCCCUUCUUCAGUGGCCCUUCAAUCUCUCUUCUUCCUUACCCACUACCUGCAUUUUCCUGUUAUCUAUAAUCUCAUCAGACUUCUUCCAAUGUUUCUGAGACUAUACAAAUAUUCAGAUGACUUCAUUUAAAUGUAGCAUCUUAAAGAGUAGCAUCCUAAAUGUAGCAUCCUAAAUACUAAUAAAUUUAUUAUGCAAUAAGCUUUUCUAGACUAGAAAAAGUUUAUGCCAUAAUAAAUUUGUUAAGUCUCUAGUGUUUUUCAGGACAAAAACAAACAAACAACUUGGUUACCCCUUUGGAAUGCAAGUCAGAUUCCUUCGACUAUCAUUAAGGCCCAAAUGACAGAGGAAUUGCAACAUGCAACGUACAGGAAGAGAGAGCAAAUGUAAAGGGAAGUUGUGAGAAUUGUUUCCAUCCCUUUCUAUCCCCUGGAAGCCUCCUUUGGAUCAUAUCAUCUUCCAUGAAUGGAAGGAGAACAUAGAUCCCAAGUACGUCAUGUUUUCAUCUACUCUGUGCCUAAUUUUUCCACUUCUAUUUGCACACUUCCCCAGUAAACCACAUAAAUUAAGAACUAAUAAUGCUGUAUAAAACAUCUAAAGACACUGCUAUCUAUAAAUUUGUGUUUUUGUCUGAAUUGUUUUCUACUCCCUAUUAAGUCUUUAUAGAGGCUGGUAAUAUAGAAGACAAAAUUGAAAUAGGACAUUGUUUUCCAAAUAUUGUUUUCUUUCUAACAUGCUAAGCAUCCAGUUAUACUGUGUCUUAUAGUCAUAUGCAAGCCUUAAAGCCAAGCCCCCACCCUGCCUUCGCCCCAGAAAAGUAAAUGUAUGUUUAGGCUAAUUAAGACACGAAUACUUCCUUCUAUGGGAAUGCCGAUAGAAUUGUUUUAGCACAGGUCUACAUAUGGAAAUUUUUCACACAGUAACAGAUCAAUGAUAUGGAUUU